AUGCAAUCCGCAAGCCCUGUUGAUUGCGACGAAGAAUUGCCCAAGUGCACUUUGUGCAAGAGGCGCAAAUUGGAAUGCAACUAUCCACCUGAUCCUGACAGCCCAAACUCGCCCAGUGUGAGGGAUGGCUCUGAUAGUGGACCGCGGACGCCAGGUGGCGAUCUGCCAUUACCUACCCGCAUGUUGGAGAUGCGGCUGUUCCACCAAUAUCUGACAUCAACCUAUUUGACAUUAUCCCGAGAUGGAUUGUCCGGCUAUCAUCUAUAUAUCACCAUUCCUAAGAUGGCUGCCUCUAAUCCCUUUCUCCUGGAUAGUAUUCUGGCGCUGUCUGCGCUGCACCUGGCGUCUAUUGAAGUCGAUAAUCGCCAAUCGUGGCUGGAAGCCGCAAUGCGAUAUCAAAGCCAAACGUGUGCUGGACUGGGGAAGUCCCUUCCAGAAAUCACAUACCAGCAAUAUGAGCCGGCCUUUGUGGCUUCCGUGUUCAUCCUUCUAUAUGCUCAGGGGUUUCCCGUGAUAUCAUCCGAUUCCCCCUCGGCGGAUGCAUUCUCAAGAGUAUUGGAGGUUCGCACGUUGAUUUCAGGAAGCGCCAUGUUUUUCACCAAACUCACCGAACUGGGGAUCGAAAGUCAGCUCGACGGGGGGCUAUGCCCACCUGAUGCGGAAGAGAAUUUAGAGCCCCCAUCAUUGUGCGGUGAUAUACAAUUAGAAGGCCGCGAACGAUUAUUCGACCUACACAAGGAAAUAAUGAAAUCCCUUGGCAAACUCAGAACCACCUUGGAAGCAGAUACAUCUCCGAACGGAGCAUUAUACAUUGCUACAUUGCAGAUUUUGCAAUACGCCAUUGAGCCAUGGCCCAAGAUUGGUGCACACGGUGGAGUCAUUGCAUGGCCCCUUUUUCUCGCCGAAGAAUUCAUAACAUUAGUCCAAGAUGGAGAUUGGACCGCCCGUAUACUGUUCUUACAUUAUGCCACCGCUAUGCGCCUUCUAUGCAAUCGUUGGUAUGUCAGGGAUUGGGGUCGACGGCUUGUUCUUGCGACUGUACAACCAUUGGAAGAGAUCCCGCCAAUGUGGAAAGAUACUAUUUCAUGGAUGAUGCAAGGCAUUGGAAUUGAUCAUGGGCCACUGGCACACAGAAAUAUUAAAUCAGAAUAA